GAAGAGGUGAGGCAGGAUGGAGGGGCGAGGCCUGGCAGCUGUAGUGAGUCUGGGGAGUCUCGGCCAGUUGAGGCCCAGGGAGGCGGAGAAGAGGUGGGCGAGCACCAUGGCGGCGGUGGUGGCGGCGGCGGCAGUGCGGGCCCGGAUCCUGCAGGUUUCUUGCAAGGUAAACUCCACUUGGUAUCCAGCAUCCUCAUUCUCUUCUUCUUCAGUGCCAACUGUGAAGCUCUUCAUUGAUGGGAAAUUUGUUGAAUCCAAAAGUGACAAAUGGACCAACAUCCACAACCCAGCCACUAAUGAGGUCAUUGGUCGAGUCCCUCAGGCCACUAAGGCUGAAAUGGAUGCAGGUGUUGCUUCCUGCAAACGUGCUUUUCCUGCAUGGGCAGACACUUCAGUAUUAAGCCGUCAACAGGUCCUGCUACGCUAUCAACAACUUAUUAAAGAAAACUUGAAAGAAAUUGCCAGGGUAAUCACGCUGGAACAAGGGAAGACCCUAGCUGAUGCUGAAGGAGAUGUAUUUCGAGGCCUUCAGGUGGUUGAGCAUGCCUGCAGUGUGACAUCCCUCAUUCUGGGAGAGACCAUGCCAUCCAUCACCAAAGACAUGGACCUUUAUUCCUACCGUCUGCCUCUGGGGGUGUGUGCAGGAAUUGCUCCGUUCAAUUUUCCUGCCAUGAUCCCCCUUUGGAUGUUUCCCAUGGCCAUGGUGUGUGGGAAUACCUUCCUAAUGAAACCAUCAGAGCGAGUUCCUGGAGCAACUAUGCUUCUUGCCAAGUUGCUCCAGGACUCUGGUGCCCCUGACGGAACACUGAAUGUCAUCCAUGGACAACAUGAAGCUGUAAACUUUAUUUGUGAUCAUCCGGAUAUCAAAGCCAUCAGCUUUGUGGGAUCCAACAAGGCAGGAGAAUACAUCUUCGAGAGAGGGUCAAGACAUGGCAAGAGAGUUCAAGCAAAUAUGGGAGCCAAGAACCAUGGGGUAGUCAUGCCAGAUGCCAAUAAGGAAAAUACCCUGAACCAGCUGGUUGGGGCAGCAUUUGGAGCUGCUGGUCAGCGCUGCAUGGCUCUUUCAACAGCGAUCCUUGUGGGAGAAGCUAAGAAGUGGCUGCCAGAGCUGGUGGAACGUGCCAAAAAUCUGAGAGUCAAUGCAGGAGACCAGCCUGGAGCUGAUCUUGGCCCUCUGAUCAGUCCCCAGGCCAAAGAGCGAGUCUGUAAUCUGAUUGAUAGCGGAACAAAGGAGGGAGCUUCCAUCCUUCUUGAUGGUCGAAAAAUUAAAGUCAAAGGCUAUGAAAAUGGCAACUUUGUUGGACCGACCAUCAUCUCAAAUGUCAAGCCAAAUAUGACCUGUUACAAAGAGGAGAUUUUUGGUCCAGUUCUUGUGGUUCUGGAGACAGACUCUUUGGAUGAAGCUAUCAAGAUUGUAAAUGACAAUCCAUAUGGAAAUGGAACUGCCAUCUUCACCACCAAUGGAGCCACUGCUCGGAAAUAUUCCCACCUGGUGGAUGUCGGACAGGUGGGUGUGAAUGUCCCCAUUCCAGUGCCUUUGCCAAUGUUCUCUUUCACCGGCUCUCGAUCUUCCUUCAGGGGAGACACCAAUUUCUAUGGCAAACAGGGUAUCCAAUUCUACACUCAGCUAAAGACCAUCACUUCUCAGUGGAAAGAAGAAGAUGCUACCCUUUCCUCGCCUGCUGUAGUUAUGCCUACCAUGGGCCGUUAGAAACAAAUUUGUUCCAAACUCAGUCCAUCCUAAGUAAUCUCCUUUUAUUCUUGACCAACUUCAUUUGCAAACUUUGCUCACAUCAGAUCCCUGGGAAUGGAAUACCUUGUAACUAAAAUCUUUCUCAGGACCAUUAGCCCCUGCAAAGUUGCUAUAGGGAGACUCCUAGUAUAACUCUGAAACCAGAUUUUCACUUGCUCUUCAUACUUCUAUUUUUGUGAUAACUGUUUUAACUGUGAAAUGCUUAUCUAGAACGAAAGCUUAGACCUGUUUUCUAAAAAUU